AUGGACACGGGCCAGGCGUCCGGCCCGAGCAGUACUGGCAACGGCGACACGGACAGAUACCUGCAGGUGUUGUUACAGGAACUCUGCCAGCUCCAGGCCAAGCAGAGGAAGCUGAAGAGAAAGGUGGAGAAGUACAAGCUUUUUGAAGACUAUCUCAUUAAGGUCCUUGAGAAAAUCCCCAAGGGUACGUAUAUGGAGGAGGCCCAGGAGGAGGCCCUGGUGGAGGCCCUGGUGGAGCAUUAUGGGAAGCUCUUCACCGUCAGCCAGGACAUCCAGCAGCACCUGGAGGCCUUCUCCAAGAUGAGCCAGGCCGUCCACCAGAGCCUGGAGUCCCUGGAGGAAAGCCAUCGAGCUCUUAUUCCGACCCUCAAGAUCCGGCUGUGCCAGCUGCAGAAGAGGUGUCACCGCAGGCAGGAGCAGCAGUGGCAGUCGGGACAUGGUGUCGCCUUCCAGAAAGACACGGGCAGCCAUAAUAAAUUUAUAUUGGACAAAAUGGAGACCGUGAAAUUUAUCGUACUGCUCAUGGAACCCAGUGUGUGCUGGACAGGCGGUAGCCACAAGGACCAGGGAUUCAGAAGUCACCCCAGAUCCUUCAGGAAAUGUCCGACGAGGCAAGAUAUCAUCCCAAGGGCCCCUGUUCCCACCACCGAGCCUUCAGAGUGCUCCUCCCUGCGCUGA